CACCUUUCAAUGCAGUCUAAAAAAUAUAAAAUUACCCUGUGGAUUUUUUCACUGCUUAUUCUACAAGUUUGCAGUUUUUCUUCUUUAAAAUGGACGUUAAUUGGUGCCGAAUUAGCACUAACGGAAGAGUUCCCAGCAGCAGCCCACCUUUGUUUUCGUCGUUCUUCCCUGGGAAAAAUUAAAUGCUUUUGUGGUGGCACAUUGAUAAGUCGUCGGGCGGUUCUAACGGCAGCCCACUGUUUUUAUUCCGAUGUGGGAGUAGUUAAUGUUGUGCAAUUUGGAGAAACUUUUUUCGAUGGCGUCAAGGGAAGUCCGGAUCCACUGAAUUUUGAAGUUCUUGAAACAAAGAAACAUCCAAACUUCCGGUACCCUGUUCUUUACAACGACAUUGGGAUUGUGAAAUUGCGCCGAUCAGUAAUAUAUACCCCAUACAUAUAUCCCGCUUGUCUGCCAUAUAAUAAUGGAGACGCGUAUAAUUCCUUCACUGCCGUUGGAUGGGGUCAGACGGAUGUUGGCCGAUUGGACCAGUCCAGGAAACUAAGGAAAGUGGAGCUUCAUAAUUUUAAAAAUAGAUGUCGGAACACAAUUGACCCUAACGAUGAACUACCGGAAGGAUACAGGAACAAAUCUCAGCUGUGUGUUGGAUCUACGAAGCACAAGGACACAUGCAAUGGUGACUCAGGAGGUCCUCUGCUUAUUUCCUAUUACGGGAAAAAUUGCCGCUAUCAAGUUAUGGGAAUCAUAUCAUUGGGACUCAGUUGUGAUACUCCGAACAUUCCCAGUAUCUUCACGAGGGUGCACUUUUAUCGACAUUGGAUCAAAAAGGAAAUGGGCAAAGUUUAAUAUCGUUUGGCAUGACAAAAUACAAUUGGUAGUUAUUGUCAAAUAAAUACGUUAGUUUCCUUUUUAUACUUCCAGCAAAAAUCAAAUAAAUUUUCUUUUUUAAUUUUUA